AUGGCUCCUCGGCGCGUGUCUCAUUGUGAAGACCCGGAUUCCGAUAAGGAAGCAGGCAGAGACAAUGAUAUCUACAUUGAUGACAACGAGACAUUCAAAUCAAAAAUCCACAAUGCUUUAGGACCCACAUCAUGGGAGAUAGAUAUGGGCCCCCAAAAUGUCAAUCUCCCCAAUGGUCGACGUACAGCAGUACAGUCUGCAUCAGGUCUAUUGACACCGCCAACAACGCCGCUCAAGAACGCCUCAACUUAUACACCGUCCCCUAGAGCUUCUUCCGCCAGAACGUCUCCAUAUUCAUCAAAAGUACGAAUUAGAGCCAAGAGAUCUUCAGAGCCCACGACACCUUUAAAUGCUAGAAACAGGGUUUCGGGGAUAGAAAGCCCACCAGAUCUCGAAACACUGGCACAAACAAUAAGUGAACCCGGGAAUACGAACACCAAUACUUGCCAAGUCCCUCCCUCUAUCCCCAUAUCCUUGGAGAGCCCAGCAGCCACUCCUUCUCCACCCAGCCAUUUUUCAAAGUCAACCACCCGCAGCGGUCGUGCGAUUACGUCUCCUGCCGCACCGAAAGUCGAACUUCCUCACCCAUCAUCCCCCAGCAAGAAGCACAAAAGUCCACAGUUGAUCGAUGAGCUACUCCGUAAAAAACUUCUAUCGCCCAUAACAAAGAAGCGGGACUCCCAACAUGGCCAUAUUUAUAUCCUCAAAAGUCCUAGCAACCCCUCGUUGGUGAAGAUCGGAUACAGCGAAGUUCCUGCCUCCCGGUUCGAGACUCACACAAUGAAAUGUCUCUCCGACCUCGAAGAUAUCGGGACCGCCUUAGGCGUUACCACUGACAACUUCAAACAUGCUUAUGUGGCGGAAUGUCUCGUUCAUCUAGAGCUACUUAAUUUUAGGGCUCAGGUUAAAUGCAGGUGCCUAACAAAGCAUAAAGAGUGGUACGAGAUUUCGAUCCCUCAUGCAGUGUGUAUUGUGCAACGCUGGAUCAAGUUCGUUCGCCAGCAUCCCUUCACCACAGAUGACCGACUCAAUGACUACUACCUUGAACGCCUGAAGGUCAUGCCAAGUCCUCUUCCAAAUGAACUUUUCGACCACCACGAGCCGCGGCAUGAGAGAUGGAGUAAAGUACUUUCAGAUCAGGGGUAUUAUCUGUUCAGUGUGAAGCAUUUCCUCUGUGCUCCGCUAUCAAUGAAGACCACAACGCGGAGAGGCUUUCUGUGGCAUCGUCGGUGGGUGAUUGGUUUGCUUGAAACGGUGAUUGAAGUGGUGUUUAUAGUAAACAGAGAAGCAGCGGGCUAUUCUGUGCAAUUUCCGUGA